AUGAGCGGGUCGCAUCUUGGAAACAGAGUUUGUGGGGGGAAAAAUGGAACUCUUUCGCCCCAGCUUCGCCGGAUUGCUGAAGAGGAACUGGGGGAGACGGACUCGAGACGGACGGAGGCCUUGGCUGAACUCAUUCAGCUCCUCGAAGAUGAGCCCGAACUAAAUGCGAGGAAAGACCCUGACUUCCUCGUCCGCUUCAUCCGCGUGCGCAAGUACAACGUAGAGGCCGCACUGAAGACCCUGAGGAACUACUACAAGAACCGAUCAGCCUGCCCUUCCAUCUACGAGAACUUCGUGCCAUCGAUUAUCAAAGACCCCGCUAGGAGUCUGUUCAUGGUGCUCCCUGAUAAAGACGCUCACGGACGACUCACGUUAGUGGCAACAAUGGGUCGAUGGAUGCCGAACACCCUGCCAUACCACGAGCUUCAACAGACGUUCAUGAUAUGCGCCGAGUACAUGGCAGCAGACCCUUCUUCCCAGACGGCCGGCAUCUCCCUAAUUGUGGACUACAACGAGUUCACCGCGGACAAGGUGUUCUCCUGCCGGGUCGGGCUCAUGAGGCGGGCCGUGGAGUUCUUGCAAGACUGCCUGCCGGCGCGAAUGAAAGGUAUUCACGUCGUGAGGCAGUCGUACGCUUUCGACCUACUCUUCGCACUUGUCCGACCAUUCAUGAAAAAGAAACUUGUUGACAGGAUUCAUUUUCACGGAAUCAACUUCGAUGCUCUUCACGAAGAGGUGCCCGCCAGCAUUUUGCCCGAGGAGUACGGAGGUCAUGGACCUCCGCUGGAUUUUGAGGGCUUCUGGAAACGCGUAGAUAAAGAGGAGCCUUCGUACGUGGAAAACAAUCGUUACGGCUACCACGGGAAAACCCAGUUGGCCAUGUUGGAGGACAACGAGGAAGUUGAGAUCACUGCGCUCUAG